UGGAGUUUGGACUCUCCCUUCAGCAAACAGCCUGUACUUCUACUCACCCGCGUGCCCGCGCGCGCUCUCUCGUGCGGCAACUGGACGACCGCCGCCGCCGCCGCCCUACGCCAGGUGCUGAGGUCUUCGUCAGUACUUUUAGCAGGUCUUCGCCGGCGACGAGCACCCACCAGGUGUGGAUUAUGGGGAAGUUUAUGCAUGACAAUCGACUGCUUUCUCCGAGCGAAGUAAAUAGACGUCAGUAUAGUCUUGCGGCAGUUGCUGUCGGUUUGGGACUAGGAGUUGCCGGGUUAUGCAAGGCAUUGCAUAGUGGUUUGUCCAUACCAUGGGUUUCUCCAAGGAAUUUAUUUUUGGGGUCAGGGAGAGUAUACUAUGUUGGAGGUCUGCGAAAUCUUGGCAACAAUUGCUUUCUUAAUGUCAUCCUCCAGGCACUUGCCAGCUGUGGUGGUUUUAUUUCCUUUCUAGAUAAUUUGCUUGCAACUGAUGGCUUGCUACCUGAAGAAAAGGCUGUAAGAAUGCCUCUUCUUCUUGCUCUAAGUUCUCUCUUGGAAGACUUGAGCAUAGUUCGAGAUGAAAGAACUGUGUUGAAUCCACAUGGAGUAAUGCAUGCUUUGAGUUUCUAUGUUAGUCACUUCAAUUUGACCAGACAGCAGGACGCUUCGGAAGCUUUUCUCCAUCUUCUGAUCUCACUGAGGGACGAAUUUUCCCAUUGUUAUGUACCACAUAGGAGUUCUCUGGCAGACAUCACCCUUUCUCACUCCAAAGUAUACAAGCAAAGGGAAGGUAACCUGCCUGAAUGCAAGCGCUGGAAACAAAAUCUAUUUGGUCCCUUCGAUGGGACAAUUGGCAGCAUAUUGUCUUGCAGAAACUGUUCAUCUGUGCUGUCAUUGGACUUUGAGAAUUUCCACUGCUUGCCUCUUUCACCAGUGCUUAAUACAAAUGGGGAUAUUACCAGUGGGUGUAGCUUGGUGGAUUGCCUAAAGUACUUCACUGUGGUGGAGCACCUUGACAAUUAUCGCUGUGAUCGGUGUUGGCACAUCAUUGCUGCCAAAUAUCUAUCUCUUAAAUCAGAAGUUGAUGAGGAAAAGGUUAGCAAGCUUCACACCUGUGUCGACUAUGGCACUUGCAGUUGCAGGAAUAUGUUCCCCCUGGAGAAAAUGCCAUGUUCACCAUCUUCACGAGCAACAAAGCAGUUAAUUAUCAGCCAGUGCCCAAAGAUUCUAUGCAUUCAUUUGCUACGUGCUUCAGUCGGUCUUGAUGGUGAGCCCAUCAAACAUCAGGGACAUAUUUCUUUCCCUUUACUUCUCAAUCUGUCCCCGUUUGCGGGAGGUGCAUCGGGCGCUGGACCUUUAGCAAUGAAUGUGCAAAGAGAUGGCCAGCAAGCUCUUCAUCUAUAUCGACAACUGAAUAUGCAGAUGAGCUUAAAUGUCUUACCGACUGGAGGGUACUUAUCAAGUCAGCCAUGUAAGGAAGAAGCAACAAAUGAUAGUGGCCGCUCAAUUCACAUGGCAAAUGUUGAUGUGUCUAGUAGUUCAUCAUCAUCAUCACCGCAGCCAUCAAUGAGCAAGUUAUAUGGUCUCUCGGCUGUCGUGGAGCAUUACGGGAAAUGUGGAGGAGGGCAUUAUGCAGUUUACAGGAGAGUUGCAUCAAAUCCUGACCCUGAUGAUCCAGGGAAACCACUUGCAGGCCUUGGCAGGCGGUGGUUUUACAUCUCGGAUGGCCAGGUAUCAGAAGUUUCAGAGGAGGAUGUUUUGUGUGCGGAGGCCACCCUCCUCUUCUAUGAAAGAUUGUAGCCACUUGUUGAGUAGCUAACAUAUGCAUCAUAACAAAAUUUAGGGCAGUUUUGUUGUGAAGACUGAAGAGUCGAUGUUCUUAGCUGUAUGGUAAGCCUCCAAGUAGAGGAGGAAACUAGCCAUGGCUGCUUUCAGCGUGAUACAUGGAUUGCAGUCGUGUCCUACGCAGUGGCCUCCGCCCUUCGGGGCAUUUUCUGGGUCCUGCUCCUGCAAACGGGAAAAUUCUUCUUAAACUGCGAUACGUCAGGGAGGUCUUCUCUUAAGAAUAAUGCCUUGUUUAGUUUCAAUUUUUUUUUUUUUGCAAAAUGGAUACGGUAGCAUUUUCGUUUGUAUUUGACAAAUAUUGUCCAAUCAUGGAUUAAUUAAACUCAAAAGAGUCGUCUCGCAAA